CGAGGGUUUUUGUAGGUUUCUGAAACUCCGCUGUAAACCUUCAGGGCAUUCAGAUCGAAUCCUCUCUUUGCGGGAGAAAAAUGCAAUCGAUUCGUAGCAGUACAAGGUUGCUCCAGAGGAACCGCUUCUCCAUCUCCAACACUCUCCCUCGUUUCACUUCUUCUUCUCCAAGCUGGUCUGAUGAUAAUGAGUCGAGGAGGCUAGGAGGAGGGUUUGAUUCAUUCCGUUCCACCAGAGCCUUCGAUUCGCCAGCAGCGUCGUAUCUCAUUAGCUCGUUGACAAAGGCCGCUUCUUUACCUAGACAAAACUUUGCGUAUUCAUCGAGGUGCUUUUCCACCGUUGGGGAGUCUGUUCCUCAAGGGUUUCCUGUGUCAGCUCCUGAUGCGCCUCCAAGAAUUAAGUUCAAGAGGCUUGAUAAAACCGCCAAGCAUAUCAUGCAGAUUGUAGACAAGGAGGCUGUGGAGGAAGUGAGAACUAGUAGAGAGAUACCGGAGAUAAGGCCCGGUUACAUUGUGCAGCUUAAAGUGGAAGUGCCUGAGAACAAGAGGCGUGUUUCAAUCGUAAAAGGAAUUGUGAUAGCAAGGCGUAAUGCUGGUCUUAACUCUACGUUUAGGAUUAGAAGGCUUGUGGCUGGAGUGGGAGUCGAAUCCAUGUUCCCUUUGUAUUCUCCAAACCUGAGGGAGAUUAAGGUGUUGGACAAGAAGAGGGUAAGAAGAGCGAAACUCUACUACCUCAGGGACAAGAUGAAUGCUCUCAAAAAGCAUUAGCACCUGAAUAAUCAUUACCCCAAAAAAAAAAGAGAGAGAGAACUCUGUACUCUUAAACAAAAUCUUUGAGUGUUUUUCUUUAAUGAUGCCUUAGCAUUAAGUCAUAUAUUGGACUGUGUAAUGUUAUGAAUAAUGAUGGAUCCAGCUUUUGAUCAAAAAAAAAAGAAAAGAAAAAUGGGGUGUUUAUUUUCUA